UAAGGGGAUAUUUUAUAAGGAAUCCGAAUGGACCACUCCAUGAACUUUUUUCUAUUAGUUUAUAUGCUAAUGCACAACAUAUCCAAAGAACUAAUCAAAAAUAUUUUAUCAAUUCAAGGGGAUAAGAAAAGGAUACCAAUACAUCUAGGCACCAGGCAUGACUACAUAAAUAAAGUAAACAAUCUGUUUGUUUCAUGUGAUAAUGACUCUAGAUAAGCACAAAACUCUUUGUGCAUUUGCACUGUUGGUAGACAACACAUGAUUAUGCACGUUACAUAGAUAACUUUCACAUCAGGGAUAAACAUGUGAAUCUUCAUCUUAUACAACUUUCUUAAAGAAAUAUUUCAUAAGCUUUGUUUCAUAAUGAAUUUGACUAUAAAAGAGGAAAAUCUUUUCAUUGGAAAUCACUUGCAACGGAAUCAUCAAGCAUAUAUAGACUACAUCAACUCCGAGUCAUCAUGUACACACUCGCACUGAUCACUCUACUGGCUGCCAGCGCUAUGGCUGACGUGCCAAGCUUCUGCAACAGACUUGACUGCCCAAAAUUCAAAGUCCUAAGAACAACAGAUGAGUAUGAGGUACGUGAAUAUGAGGAAUCACGCUGGGCAAGCACAGAUGUUUACGACAUGGAUUUCAAUAGAGCUCGUAGUAUUGGCUUCAAUCGUCUCUUCAUGUACAUCUCAGGAGAUAAUGCAGCUAACUCCAAGAUCCCAAUGACCGCCCCUGUAUUGACAACCAUUAUCCCUGGACAGGGCCCUGCCUGUGAGAGUAACUUCACAACAUCAUUCUACCAACCUUUCAACAUGCAGAAGAGUGGAGGCCCAGCCCCAACUGAUACUAAUGCAUACCUUAGUGUUCUCCCUAAGGUCACUAUGUAUGUCAGGUCUUUCUCUGGUUAUGCAAGUGAGGAGGAUUUUCUCAACCAAGCUGGUAAACUCGCAGCCGCAAUCAACAACCCAGAGGCAUUCCGCUCUGACCUAUACUACACAGCUGGCUAUGACAGUCCCUUCAAGUUCUUAAACAGACACAAUGAGAUCCUCUUCCGUGCCAAAUAGACUAUUGAUAUACUCAUCUCAUGGACAGUUUUAUAUUCAUCUCUUGGUCAUAUACUAGAUGUUAAUUCUGAUUGGCCAUGUGGACAUUAACACUCAUCAAUUUAGUAACUCGGUUUUCAACAAACAAGAAUUUGACUGUAAAAGGUUCUUAUAUUUCAUAUCAUUUUCAACAGUUUAAGGAAUUUUACUAAAUCACUCAAUUCUCAGUACAAAUGAGAACCGUAAUAUCUGAACUCUUAUCAAUGCAAUAAUUCUUAUUUUCUCCUACAUUGAUAUAUUUUCGAUAAAAUGAAUGAGUGCCAAUAAUUGUAAAUACA